GACACGGAUGAUGAACAAGCUUUACAUCGGGAACCUGAGCCCCGCCGUCACCGCCGACGACCUCCGGCAGCUCUUCGGGGACAGGAAGCUGCCUCUGGCGGGACAGGUCCUGCUCAAGUCCGGCUACGCCUUCGUGGACUAUCCUGACCAGAACUGGGCCAUCCGCGCCAUCGAGACCCUCUCGGGUAAAGUGGAAUUGCAUGGGAAAAUCAUGGAAGUUGAUUACUCAGUCUCUAAAAAGCUCAGGAGCAGAAAAAUUCAGAUUCGAAAUAUCCCUCCUCACCUGCAAUGGGAGGUGUUGGAUGGACUUUUGGCUCAAUAUGGGACAGUGGAGAAUGUUGAACAAGUCAACACAGACACAGAAACUGCCGUUGUCAACGUCACAUAUGCAACAAGAGAAGAAGCAAAAACAGCCAUCGAGAAGCUAAGUGGGCAUCAGUUUGAGAACUACUCCUUCAAGAUUUCCUACAUCCCGGAUGAAGAGGUGAGCUCCCCUUCGCCCCCUCAGCGAGCCCAGCGUGGGGACCACUCUUCCAGGGAGCAAGGCCACGCCCCUGGGGGCUCUUCUCAGGCCAGACAGAUUGAUUUCCCGCUUCGGAUCCUGGUCCCCACCCAGUUUGUUGGUGCCAUCAUCGGAAAGGAGGGCUUGACCAUAAAGAACAUCACUAAGCAGACCCAGUCCCGGGUAGACAUCCAUAGGAAGGAAAACUCUGGAGCCGCAGAGAAGCCGGUCACCAUUCAUGCCACCCCGGAGGGGACCUCUGAAGCCUGCCGCAUGAUUCUUGAAAUCAUGCAGAAAGAGGCUGAUGAGACCAAACUCAGUUUGAAUAUAUCAUCCCACUCCCUUCUGGCCUGCAGAAUUUCUGCUGAGAAAUCCACCGAUAAUAUGGAAACUUCUGGAGCUGAAGAGAUUCCUCUGAAAAUCUUGGCCCACAAUGGCUUGGUUGGAAGACUUAUCGGAAAAGAAGGCAGAAAUUUGAAGAAAAUUGAACAUGAGACUGGGACCAAGAUAACAAUCUCAUCCUUGCAGGAUUUGAGCAUAUACAACCCUGAAAGAACCAUCACUGUGAAGGGCACAGUCGAGGCCUGUGCCAAUGCCGAGAUAGAGAUUAUGAAGAAGCUACGUGAGGCCUUUGAAAACGAUAUGCUGGCUGUUAAUCAACAAGCCAAUCUGAUCCCGGGGUUGAACCUCAGCGCACUUGGCAUCUUUUCAACAGGACUGUCCGUGCUGCCUCCACCAGCAGGGCCCCGAGGAGCUCCCCCCGCGCACCCCUACCACCCUUUCGCUACACACUCCGGAUACUUCUCCAGCCUGUACCCCCCUCACCAGUUCGGCCCGUUCCCGCAUCAUCACUCCUACCCGGAGCAGGAGAUUGUGAAUCUCUUCAUCCCAACCCAGGCUGUGGGGGCCAUCAUCGGGAAGAAGGGGGCACACAUUAAACAGCUGGCUAGAUUUGCCGGGGCCUCCAUCAAGAUUGCCCCCGCGGAGGGCCCGGAUGUCAGCGAAAGGAUGGUCAUCAUCACCGGCCCGCCUGAAGCCCAGUUCAAGGCUCAAGGGCGGAUCUUUGGGAAACUGAAAGAAGAAAACUUCUUUAACCCCAAAGAAGAGGUGAAGCUGGAAGCCCACAUCAGAGUGCCCUCCUCUACAGCUGGCCGGGUGAUUGGCAAGGGCGGCAAAACCGUGAACGAGCUGCAGAACUUGACCAGCGCGGAAGUCAUCGUGCCUCGUGACCAAACGCCAGAUGAAAAUGAGGAAGUGAUCGUCCGAAUUAUUGGGCAUUUCUUUGCUAGCCAGACCGCACAGCGCAAGAUCAGGGAAAUUGUACAGCAGGUGAAGCAGCAGGAGCAGAAAUACCCUCAGGGAGUGGCCUCGCAGCGCAGCAAGUGAGGCUCCCACAGGCACCAGCAAACAGUGGAUGAAUGUAGCCCUUCCAACACCUGCCAGAAUGAGACCAAACAGCCAGCCAGCUCGGGAGCAAACCAAAGACCAUCCUGAGGAAUGAGAAGUCUGCGGAGUGCCAGGGACUCUGCAGAGGCCAGAGAACCCCGGGGCUGGGAGGGGAGGGGAGGGCAGGCCG